AUGUUACUCGAAGACCAGCGGUAUAUCCACGAGGAUCUCGAACGUCUCGAACAAGGCAUCGCCGAUCGCAUGAGCGAGGAGCCAAAACACAUUCGCGACCGCCUGAACCGAGACCACGAGGUAGCGCAGCUGCUAGACCAAAUCCAAAGUCAAUCCGCCGAGCUUUUACCACUCUACGAUGACAAGGCCGGCCUUCGAUCGAAGGAGAUCCUGCAAAUCAGCACAGGUGAUCCAUUCGAGGAGUUCUACCGUCAAGUAACGGGCGUCAGAGACCACCAUGCCCGAUACCCGAACGAGCAAGCCGAAAACUCGGAGCAGUGGUACCGGCCGCAGAAAGGAGGGGACGACCAGCCGUAUAUCGUUGAGAGUAUGUUCUCUGGUGAAGAGGCAUACGGUCGGUUUUUCGAUUUGCACAACUGCCACGACGCGUACUUGAACCUUCCGAACGCGAAACGCUUGGGGUACAUGCAGUAUCUCGAGGUCUUCGACAACUUCCAGCCGGGCUAUGGCGGAGUUAAGCGGGUCGACAAGUUGACAGAUCCAUACUUCAAGUAUCUCGGCGGUCUGAUGGGGUAUCUGGAGUCGUUUAUGCGCCGAACCCGACCCCUAGAGAACAUCGACCAGGUACUGGAGGGCUGGCAGCGGGACUUCGAGGCGGCGUGGGAAAAGCGGGAGCUCCAAGGGUGGCAAACUGACAAGGCGGUGCAAGGCGGUGCGGCCGAGCGAACGUUAAGCACACCGGAGGCUGUCUGGUGCGACGCCUGCGAGAAGGAGUUCAAGAACGACAACGUUUAUAAGGGCCACCUGAAGGGGCGAAAACACAUCAAGGCGGCGGAGCUUUUGGCACAACAGGAAGACGGGAACACGAACGGCAAUCGUGUCGACUCGGCACAGGAGCUAAAAGAGCGGGCCGUUGCCGAGAGGGAAUUCCGCGUCAAGAAGCUGACGGGCGCCAUGAACAUUGAAAAGGACGACACGCGGGUAAACGUGGAACGCCGACAGGGCAUGACGGAGCGGGAACGUGCUCAAGAACUGGAAAACCUCUACAACAUGACAUCCGGGGCGCGGAAUAGGGAGGAAGAAGAGGAUGAGCAGGAUGAGGGCGAUGAUAAGCUCUACAACCCUCUCAAGCUACCCCUUGCGUGGGACGGCAAGCCGAUCCCGUUCUGGCUCUACAGGCUCCACGGUCUGGGUCAAGAAUUCCCUUGUGAGAUCUGCGGCAACUUUGUCUAUCGGGGCCGGCGUGCUUUUGACAAACAUUUCAACGAGACCAACCACAUCACCAACCUCAAGCGGCUCGGUAUUACAGAUACCUACCUCUUCCGCGAUAUCACCUCGAUCGCAGAGGCGGUGAGGCUGUGGGACAAGAUUCAGCGAGACCAGAACAGGGGGCAGAUCGAUGACGGGGCCGUGGUUCAGAUGGAGGAUGCCGAGGGCAACGUGAUGCCAGAGAAGGUGUAUCUUGAUCUGCAGAAGCAGGGGCUGUUGUAG